GAGCGCUUCGCGGCACGGCCCCGGCCACCCCUCACCUGAAGGACGGGAAACCACCGAGCGGAGACCUCCCGUUCGCUAGAGCGACCGGAAGGAAGUGCCGGCGGUGUCCCCGCCCCCGCGGAUGGAGGCGGCCGGCGGGCUGCUGGCGCGGGUCCGGGCGCGGAGGCCGGCGGCGGUGCGGCUCCGCAAGCGGCGGUCGGUGCUGUACAGCGACCCCGGACAGCGGGGCGCCGGGGGCGCCGGCGGGCCGGCCGCGCUGCUGGCGCUGACGGUGGGGCUGCGGACGCUCAAUUGCUUCCUCGUCCAGACCAGCUUCGUGCCGGACGAGUACUGGCAGUCGCUGGAGGUGGCGCAUCGCAUGGCCUUCAGUUAUGGCUACCUGACUUGGGAAUGGGCAAGCGGCUUAAGGGGCUACUCGUACCCGCUCAUCUUUGCGAGCAUCUACAAAGCUCUGCAGCUGCUGGCUAAGGAUGACGUCCAGCUGCUGAUAUGGGUCCCUAGACUUGCACAGGCCGUGCUGGCAGCUUUUGCUGAUGUGAAGCUUUACUCAUUAGUGCGACACCUUGAAAAUGCAGAAACAGCAAAGUGUGUGUACUUCUGCCAGCUGUGUUCCUGGUUUACAUGGUAUUCCUGUACCAGAACUCUAACAAACACCAUGGAAACUCUUCUUACCAUUUUUGCUCUUUCCUACUAUCCGAUAAAAGGUUCCAAGAUGGGGAGCAGUUGCAAAUAUUUAACUCUGAUAGCACUUGCAAUUGUUAUUCGUCCCACCGCUGUUAUCCCAUGGAUACCUUUGCUCUUCAGUCAUUUUUUGCAAGAACAAAGGAAAGCAGACCUUAUCCUACACAACUGCAUUCCAGUUGGAUUGGUCACAGUAGGAACUUCUUUAAUUAUUGACCGUGUGUUUUUUGGAAAGUGGGUACUUGUUCAGCUGAACUUCUUGAAAUUCAACGUACUGCAGAAUUUGGGAACAUUUUAUGGAUCUCAUCCUUGGCACUGGUACUUCACUCAGGGACUACCAGUCAUCUUGGGUACCCAUCUCCCUUUCUUUAUUCAUGGCUGUGUGGUGGCACCAAAAAGGUAUCGCAUCUUUCUAGUGACAGUGAUUUGGACAGUGUUGGUAUACAGCACACUGAGCCAUAAAGAGUUCAGGUUCAUCUAUCCAGUACUACCAUUUUGCAUGGUUUUUUGUGGAUAUUCUUUGAAACACCUGAAAGCAUGGAAGAAAUCUGCAGCAACUUUCCUGCUUUUAUCAAAUGUAGUCCCAGCCCUGUACACAGGCUUGAUUCACCAGCGAGGCUCCCUUGAUGUUAUGAGUCACGUACAGCAACUCUGUAGUAACUCUUACCAGUCACAAGCACACGUCUUCUUCAUGAUGCCAUGCCACUCUACUCCAUUUUACAGUCAUGUUCACUGUCCUCUAAAAAUGAGAUUCCUUCAGUGUCCCCCAGACCUAACCGGAAAUCAGAGCUAUAUUGAUGAAGCAGAUGUAUUUUACUCUAACCCACUUGGCUGGCUUAAUAAGGAGUUUUACAAUGAUACGUUAUUACCCAGUCAUUUGAUCUUCUUCAGUGUGCUAGAACAGGAAAUAUCAUCAUUUCUAGCUUUAAGGGGCUAUGAGAAAACAGCCACUGUCUUUCACACUCAUGUACCUCAAGGACGAGUUGGAAGCCACAUCUACGUCUACAGGAAAAAAAACUGAAAUGAAUCAUACCUGAAGAUCAGUUUCUAGACUUAAGACCUAACGAGAUCAGUUUUGCUUAGCAGUACUAUGCUUAGAUCAUCUUGUACUGCAGACAGGAGAGAGUAGUGAGUCUGAAACCGGGUAAGUUAAAUGGGGAAGGCUGAUUUUGCAGCCACUGGCUCUCUGGAAACAUCUCAACCUCUUCCUGAAGGCAACUUCAGUAGCAGUAUGGCCGGGUGGGGGGUGCUUACCUACCUUAUAACACUAGAAAAACAUCAGGAAGACCAAAGUUACCACAUGACUAUUUAAACAAUAAGAAAUUAGACAAGAGUGGACCAUUUUUAUAGAACUGUACAGCUAUGCCAGGUUUGUUUCAUAAAUAAAGACUUUUACCCACAA